CUUCUUUCUCUUUUUGUGUUUCUGCAACAAAGAUCCACUGAAAGAAACAUCCCAACAUUUUUGUUAUUAUCUCCACCUUUCCACCAUUUUUUCUUCAAACAAAAAUAUUACUGUAUACGUAUCAUUUUUUCAGCCAUCUUAUUUCCGUCCCAUUUCUUCCUCUACACUUUUUACCAUCUUUGCAUUCCAAAAGUCAUUCCAGUCUUUUUGUUUUUCAAGAAUCACUAACCUUUCGUCAAAAAAGAACUCAUUUAAUCAAUAACAAUGACAGAGGAAAGCUAUGAUUCAGAAAUACCACCUGGUUUUGCAACAUGCAUGAACAAAAAGGGUCAAGUUGUUGGGAGGAUUUCGGGUUGUGGGUCAAGAAAAAGAGCUCCACCACAGUCAUUUGACCCGACCCAUGAUCAACAUCGGCCUUCUUCACACAAUCACAGACCAUCUGUUGGUCUUCACGAUCGUGUGGCUUCAUUAAACCCACCAAUUCAUCAGUCUGAAGCAUCAACCAAAGCUAAAGGAUGUCAGAUAAGUGCUGUGGCGAAAAGUCAUUUUGGCCAAAUCAAUAUUUCACUAGCUAUGCAGCCAGAGUCAAGAUUACUAAAAGAAGUGAAGACAGAAAUUGAAGAUGUUGCACCUGAUAUUAUUCAAGGUGGUAUCGGUGAAGCUCCUCCUCCUUGUACAGCUGUCGUUCAAGAGACAGAUCUAAGUAAUCAGCCAACUUGCAUCAUUGAUGUCAAUUUCCUUCAACGAGUGGCAGUUGCUUUUGAAGAAGUAAAAGCAAAUCAAGAAGAAAGCACAAAAAAGGCGAAACAAUCAAUUACCAUGAAUCCGAGUCUUGAGCCAACUUUUCUGGCCAUCCGCAAAAAACACGGAGACAUUACGAAGGAUUGUCCUAUGGAGUCGGGCGACAUGCUUACUUCUGUUCUCGAAGUUAUAUGUAAGGCUGUCCAAGAGCUCCAAAAGAAACGUUUGAUUGAAAUUGAUCGUAAUCUCUUGGACUCCUACUACUUGGUAGUCAAGGAUGCUGAGAAAAUGAAGGUGAAUGUCAACUGGUUUAGAACUCGGCUUGAUGAGAUUAAAGAUGCGAUAAAUUGUAUUGUUGAGACAAAAAAGAUCAAUGAUGAGAUGAAUAAGCUUGCGGAAAAGAAUGAAAAUGAGAAAAAGAAUAUCGAAUCAAUGAAAGUUGAAUUGGAGAAACUCAAGUCUGAAAUUCAAAGAAAGGAAAGUCAGCUUAACUUGGAUAUGCUGGUGACUGAAGAGCUGAGCAAUACGAUUAAUAAUCGGGCACUCAGAAUUCAGCAGUUUCAAAACAUGCCGUUGAUGGAAGCAUUUCCAUAGUUCUACUGUGUCGAAAUCUUCUGUCUUCCCUUUGUCCGUUCUGAUGUUUUAGGAUAGAUUUCCCCUCUAGCUUAUUGUUACUUACCCAAAGUGUCAUUUGAUCUGGCACAGGCUGAUGAUGAAUUUUACUCUUAGUUAUGGUUCAGAUACCUCAUCGGAUCUAACUCUCACGUCUUAUUAGUCUGUGGGAGCUUUUUUGUACCGGAUAAAGUAAAAUGUUAAAGGGAAAAAUAUAUGUGUUUUUGCUGCUACAUGCUUUCAAA